CCCGAGCGUCUACGGCAUGUUCCUGACUCCUCGUAUGAUUUGUGCUGGCACUCUGGAGGGAGGAGUGGACUCAUGCCAGGGAGACAGUGGUGGGCCCCUGGUGUGUGAGACAGCCAGUGGGGACUGGAGGUUGGCAGGGGUGGUGAGCUGGGGAGAGGGCUGUGGACGGCGCAACAAACCAGGUGUUUACAGCAGAGUAACCCAACUGAUCCACUGGGUUCAAAGAUAUGUAGAGGACAAACCAGAAGAAUUUGAGGAAGCUACAACGGCCACGACUGACACCUCACAAGAACCUGGCACUCAUAACUGA